CAGUUGCGAUUGUGAAACAAAAUGAUGAUUUGAUUGUUGUUGUGCUUGGUAUUAAUUUGCGUCUAAAUAGUUCUAGUGUUUAAUUAAAAUGAAAGUAACAGUCACUACAUUGUCGGACUAUAUUUUUGUUUUAGAUGUCAGUGAAGAUUUGGAAUUGGAAAACUUUAAAGCUUUUUGUGAAGUAGAGUCGGGAUUUCCUGCUCCAGAAAUCAUGAUAUCUUUCAAUGGCAUGCCGCUUUUGGAUGACAAGAAAUCUUUGAAAGACUUGGGUAUUGGAGACGGUGAUGUAGUUAUUUUACAGCAUAUGCAGAGUUCAAGUUCUGGUACAAAUUUGCCGUCGUCUAGUUCAGGCACGGGCCUGCCCGCGCUGGACUUCAGCGACAUCCAGGUGCCCUCGGCGAGCCAGCCGGCGGCCGGGGCGCGGGCCGCGGAGGAGGACCCCAAGCUGAUCCGCGACAUGUUCCUGGCCAACCCCGACCAGCUGUCCCUGCUGAAGCAGAACAACCCCCGCCUGGCCGACGCCCUGCUCUCCGGGAACCUCGACGAGUUUGCAGCGGUGCUGAAGGAGCAGAUAGAGGCGAAGGCAGAGCGGGAACGGCAGCGGAUCCGGAUGAUGAACGCGCACCCGUUCGACGUGGAAGCCCAGCGGCUCAUCGCGGAGGAGAUCCGGCAGAAGAACAUCGAGGCCAACAUGGAGGCGGCCAUGGAGUUCAACCCGGAGUCCUUCGGGACCGUCGUCAUGCUCUACAUAAAUUGCCACGUCAACGGCUUCCCGGUCAAGGCAUUCAUCGACACAGGUGCCCAGACGACCAUCAUGUCGGCGGCCUGCGCGGAGCGCUGCCACAUCAUGCGGCUGGCGGACACGCGCUGGGCCGGCAUCGCCAAGGGCGUGGGCGUGCAGAAGAUACUGGGGCGCAUCCACAUGGUGCAGAUACAGAUAGAGAGCGACUACCUCACCACCUCGUUCUCCAUCCUGGAGCAGCAGCCCAUGGACAUGCUGCUGGGGCUGGACAUGCUCAAGAGGCACCAGUGCAUCGUGGACCUGGGCCGGAACAUCCUGCGCAUCGGCACGACGGGCACGGAGACCCGGUUCCUGUCGGAGCGGGAGCUGCCCGAGUGCGCGCGGCUGUCCGUGCUGACGGAGGAGGAGGCCGUGCGCCAGUCGGCGCGGGAGGCACAGCCCCGCGGUCCCCAGCAGGGCGGCGGGAACAGCAGCGGCCGGGUCGCCGCGGCGGGGCCCAGCCGGGCGGGCGGCGUCCCCCGGGACCCCUCCACCGCCGUCCUGCCGUCGGACGGCUUCGGCGAGGGCGAGGUCAAGGAGCUGGUGGGGCUGGGGUUCACGCGCGAGCAGGUGAUUGCAGAGCUCAGGAGGUUCAAGGGAGACAAGACGCAAGCUACGGCAGCGUUGUUCGCAAAGUCCCUGAAGUUCUGAUCUCGCUCCCUGCCUCUCCCGUCAAGCAGUUUAACCACCAGUUGGCAUUGCAAGCAACCAACUACUGUGGUUGGGCAUCAUCCUCAGUUGUUUGAGCUUCAGGAAUCCUGAGAAACAUUUCUCGCACCUCUUUGCCAGUUGUUCGAGUUCCGGUGCGCACUUGGUCAGCUUUCGCAGACCCAAGACUUCACAGCGAAGGACUUCAAGACGCUCUGCUGGAAGUACAUGACACGCAACAUGUUUUCAGUGUGUCUAAAAUGCCUCUUAAUAUUUUUUUUGUUUUGUGGUGUAAAUCAUUGUGCAUCUUGCCAACGUUUUUGAAACUUGAUGUCUCUUAAAAAAUCCUAAUAAUGUGAACAGAUAAACUUCUCCGUGAUGGCAUUGAGUCAUUUUUCAGACUAAGACUUGAAGACUGCUCUUAGCCACUAAUUGCAUAUAAGCUCUGAGGCCCCUAUUCUAUAACAUACGUAUAUCUUUCGUGAAGAUAAGGGUUGUGUUAUGUCAUUUUCAAUAUUGAGAAGGAAGUAAUUUGUAGAGAUCGCUGUACAGCAGUCUGUAAACACCUCUCUCUGCUAGUAUCUUGAUUAGUAAGAGCAUUUACAUCAAAUAUAGUUUGCAAUUUCGGGGCAAACCUUAAUGUUUGUUGUAGGUGUCUGUAUCACACUUGUCCAGUUCAUUGCUUUUUAAUUUAAAAUGUGGAAAAUGCAGUAGAAUGUUGCUUUCCCCUUUAUUCCGCAUCCGUUCCAUCAUCCUCCACCCUCACGGCCCACCCCUUUUCGCAUCAGCUAAAUUUUAGUGUACGUUGUUCCCUUGUAAAUCUGGCAAUUUCAUACAAUGCACAGUUUUUGUAGAUGGAUAUUUUUUAUUAUCUUUCUACAAACUUAGUUGUAAUACAGUAUGAAUACAAACACUGAAAUAUUGGUAGUUGCAGAGUAUUAUUUUGCUUUUCAUAAUAUUUUACGUUGUAACUGUAUUGGCUCAUGCUUAACGGGCAAUGAAUUUAAUGGGAUCCAUGUGUUGUGCAGUCAACUCUAAUACAGUAUUGUAUGAUUAUUCCAACUAGAGACGGAUUAGCCUGGAAAUUUUUGGGUCAAGUCGAGCCAAGACGAAUGCAGUAAUAAUACAGUCGAGUCGACACUUCAUAAUUUUUUAGUCGAGUUGAGUCGAGUUCUUAAAUAUUGACCUAAGCUCGAAUAAUUGCUCAAAUUUUAGAGGAUAUUUUUAUGUUCCUGGUGUUAUAUGUUAAUGUGCCAUUAGCAUUAUGCUAAAGUUUUUAUAUGUCUUCAGUGAGUUGGUCAUUUGUGUUUAGUGAACAGUGUAAUAUGUAUAACCAUCAGUUAUACAUAUUUAUGAUUUCUUUUAGGAUUGAGUCUUUAUUCCCACUGGAUUCUGGAAAGCUUAGAAGUUGUGAAAGCCUUGUAAGUCAAGGAAUAUUCUGUGGCGUAUGUUGUAUGUGGUGUAGUGAAUUAACUAACAACUUUAGCCAAUUCCUGCUUGACUUGUGACACGUCCUGCUGAAUUUCAUUAUGCCUCUGUUCCAAUUUAAGUGUUGGUUAUUUUGUAUUUGUGUUAUUUUAUUGCCUAACUCUAGCGUCAUUUCCUGAGUGUUCUGUGAAUUUUUAUCCAUUUUGUUGUUUGUUUGUGUGAUUUAAUUUUUUUAAUCCUGCCUUCGGUUAUUCUGUCCUUGUGCCAUGUGUUCAGUUUGAUUUUCUAAAUCUUUCCUUAACCCCCCUCCCCUCCCAAUAUUUUGAUUCAAUUUUUCCAUUAUAUUUUCCUUUGUUCCACAAUUCAAUUUGUUAUCAUUGGCAUUGCAACUUUCAUUACGCCAUACAUUUCCCCUACUUUAUUUACAACCGGUAUCAUAAAAUGAAGUUGACCCAAAUUUCUUUACAAAAAAGGCAUUAAAUUGCAUUUAAAAUAAAUAAUAAUUUUUGUUGUAGAUGUAGACAAAAAUAAAGAUAUCUGCCAUGCCCAUUUUUACUACAUAUAUAGAUAUGACAAUACAUGGUGCAACACUUUCCUUUUCGUGCUGAACAGCGAUACUAUCAAUUGACUCUGCAGACGUAAAUUUCAGACAAAAUAUUUUACUUUGUAGAUUGUUUGCUAUGCUACAAAUCUAUGACCUACAUUAGGCUAUUCAGAAAUGGUAUCUUUUCCGGUGUUUUGAAACGUAAAUAGCAGAAUAAACAUUUAACAUUUUCCAGACUCCAGUAAUUAAGUAAAAUUAACUGUUUUGUAAAUACAAAAUUAUGCUUUAAAGUCUUAGAAAAAUAAUGGUAAGUGAUUUUAUGCUCGUUUCAUAUGUCAAUUAUGUUAUGGAGUUAUAAGAAAAAGAUUGUUAAGUCUUGUCCUGCUGAGUACCAAAAACUUAACUGUAGUCUCAAUCCAUCUCUAUUUCCAACAUUUUUAAAUAAUAAUAAAUAAAAAACUUUGACAAUUUUUUUUUCCUGCUUGCCUUCUUGGGAAUUACAGUUUUUUAUGUCUUGGAGAAACAUUCCAAAUAUCCAAAUGCAAAUUUAUCUUAAAAAUUACCAGGUACCUUUUUUUCUUCUUCAUUUUGUUGGUGGGUAACAGAAAAUUUUUUUAAUGGUAAUAUUUUAUUAUAAUGUAUUCUCAAUUUUGUGAUUUCAAACACUACUUUUUUCUGGAAAUUAUGGGUACAUUGAAGUUUUAGCAUGCAAUUAAAACAAGUGUUCUAGAACAUGGUUAUUCUCUGUAGCUGAUUCUGCCAUUGGCUUCUGGUUUGGCCAUCAUCAUUUUGGUUUUUCACUGCUUUCCUACUCUUUAUUCUAAGAACACAAGUAAGUUAGUAAAUGUAUGGUACUGAUUAUUUUUAGAACUUUAAUCAAGGUUCUGUUUUGCUGCACACGACAAUUUAUUUUCUAUCAUAAUGGUUUUAUUGACAUUGAUUCUUUUAAAUUUAAUUUAUUUACUGUAUGUGAGUACCGAGUUUUUAAGUGGUUCAAUGACUCACCUUACAUCAAGGCAUUUUGGGGUCAUUUUCUAGCAGAGCAAAUUUUUUUCAGGUGAGAAACAUGGUGGACGUUGCUGUGUGCCAGUGGAUUUUCCCGGGAGUUCUCCCAUUUUCCCCACUAAUGCAUUCUGUCAACUCUCCAUUCUAAUCUCAUCGUUCUUCACCAUCUCCUGUAUGUCGAGACGUUAAGCCCUUAUUACCGUAAUUAAUUCAUCACCUGUAGCUGUAAGAAAAAUCAUACACUUUAAUGAAAACCUGGUUAAAAUAUUUAAUUAUAACAACAUAAUGUAGUAACAAAUAAGUUAUAUCAGUAAAAGCCUUACAAUUAGAAACUUGCCGCAUACACAAAACUUGCAAUGACAAACGACAUUCAACUUGAAACUGAAGGCCACAACAAAGAAAAAUUUUGCCUGGUGUUUGAAACUAAAUAAGAAAAAAAUUUAUGCUGGUGAUGUCAUUCAUUAAUACCAGUAUUCACAUUCAAAUUUCAAAAAACAUAUAUGACUGUAUUAUGUAAAUAUUAAGACUGAUAUUUGGACAAUAAUAUUGCUAGUUACUUAUAUAUGACGUGAAAGAUGGAGAAAUUUAAAAUUUUUUAUUCAAAUGUGACAAAUUGAAAUUUUUUAAGUAGUAGUUUGUUGAGCCUAAAAGUAUUGCUAUGAUUACUUUUCUUAUGGAAGAGCAUUUUAAUGGUUAUUUAAAUAAUUAAAUUAUAUAUCAAUUCUUUUAUGCGAUAAUUAUCGUAUCUGUUGUAAAAUAUUUCUAUAUUUUAAAAACUAAGAAUUAGAAGCUCAUGGAAAGAAAAUUUUUGACAAAUACAAAGCCAGUCAUUUUGUUUUGUCAAAUAAAAUUGAACUGAUGGUGCAGGCAUACAUUCUAGUUCAGGUAGGAUUCAGGUUGGAUUUAAUAGUAAAAGAUAACGUAAGAAAAUUUGUAAAAGUAUAACAAAUAUUGUAGUUUCUGGCACAUUGUAAGAUUUAAACUUAUCAGUAGAGACCCGUGAAUUUCGCGGAUUCAUUUCGUGUUAUGCUAAAAUUCAAAUAAUUAUACCUUAGUGCUGCUUCUGUCAUUGGUUCUCUGUUAAUCUGGAGGACUGAGAGCCAAUUAAAGACCCUCACUCAUAGAAACGUCGAAUCACAGGCCACCCAGUCGAGACGACUCGCAAGUCAACAGCCAAAGAACAGUUGGCAUUUGCCCGAGUGUGUAGAGGAUAUUGGAGUCUAUCCUGGAGGUCAUUGAAUCCACGAAAUUCACGGGUCUCUACUUAUCAGUAAUGAAAGUCAUAAAAUAAAUUGGCACCGUAUUGUAAGACUUGCCGCUAGAACAUGUGAACCAGCUGUUUCGUAAACAAAAGAGGGGAUAAGAACAAAUUUCUUGCACUUUAAUUGCAAACACACUCCAGGAAUAAAUAAAAAUUUGGUAUCAUAAAUUUGGUUCCUUCAGUUUUGUAAAAUAAAGGUUUUUCUGUAGCUAGGCUGCAAUUUUUUUUUCGCCUUCAAACUCGGUGCAAGACAAACUGAAUCGGAGAAUUUACUUUAAAACCUGGAAAAGCAUGGAAAUUUCUCAGUGAUAGUAAUUUGAGGGGAACAAUUCAUGGUCCGGUAUGCCAUCACCCAAACUUUAAAAACAUUUUUUUUUUCUAGGUACCGUCAGCUGGGGUGACUUUGGCUCGUUUUUCACUGCCUUUGUCUGAUAAACUGCAUAAAUCAAUGAAUAGCUAAAAGUUAUUACAUUAAUAUAUUUUUUAUGUAAUAGAAGAGAUUCCAAUGAACAAUUUGACAUCACAAUGAAAAACAUAAAAAAUGUCCUCACCUUUUAAAAUAAUUUGUAAAAAAGUGGGACAAUCUCACCUCAACGUGGGGUGACUUUGUCUCAGGGCAUGAUUUUGCUUGAAUAUACAAAUAGAAUGACGAGUGGGACAAUCUCACCCUUAUUUUUACACUGCUUGGAAGCACAAAAGCCUUUUUUGAGUGUUGUGAUGGUUUCGGAUUAAAAAUUCAGAAUUUGAUUGGGGCAUAUGGAGGGGGGGAAGGGAGGAACACAACACAACUAGCUUUUUUAUUUGAACAAAAUUUAUUUCUAAUGUAAACUCGGAUUGAACACAUUAACAAAAGAAGAAUAUUAUUGAACAUAUAAACAAAACAAAAUUAAUAUAAUUUAUUAUUAAACAUAUUCACUCAACUCCGGAACUACAAACAGUGUGUUUCUUUUGACAGAAACCUGCCUUGGAGGUUCGAUUUUCUUCACAAUAUGCUCCCAUUCAUACGUCAAGAUGUUACGCUUCUGAGGCCAAUGCCAGUAAUUCUUCCCCUGCUCCAUGCAAUCUACUGUUGGACCAGCUUCAGUGAUGUCAACAAUCUUUCCUGGAUAUUGUGAGUUGUUGUAUGUAACAAUGACAAAAUCGUUGAUGCUGCACACAGAUUUCAGAGAUUCGCGAUUAUAAAUGAUUACGGAGUCAUCACCUGAGUUGGAAAAUGUCUCUAGAUUGCUAUCUGAAUCAUUGACGACAAUAUCCUCAUGAUUCCCAUCAAUGUCUGAAGACGAUUCUUCAUGAACUGUUGGGGUCUUCUGUCCUUGAUUCUGUUUGCAUGUCUUCAGUUUAGGUGGUUCACUUACUGAUGACUGGCCAACAUCCCCUACACUGAUGCUUCUUCCUGCAGGAACAUUUAGUUUCUUCCUUUUCUGCCUAGGUGCAUCACCACCAAUCACCUUGUUCCUAUGAGCAGUAAGUGAUGCCAUGAAAGCUUCUCCAAUGAGAGAAGAAUUUGCCUCUUCAUUUGGUAACCGAGCCAAUAUUACAUCUUUGUCAACAGGGACAAUGCCACAUUUCCUGAAUCCUGAAACUAAAUUUUCUUCUUUGUUCUGUUCAAUCUGCUCCAUCAAUGACUUCAGGAGACUGGGCAGUUUAUCCUUUGGGAUAUUUGUGAAUUUCGACCCUUCUGCAGAGUCACGCCAAGACGAUAAAAGUGAUCGCCAAGCUCUUUUCAAUGGUGUAUAGAAACUUACAUCCAACGGCUGGAGCAAGUGGGUUGCAUUAGGCGGCAGACAAAUGAACUUGAUUCUUUUUUCCUGGCAAAUUUGCAACACUUGUGUGCUAAUAUGAGAGGAAAGGUUGUCUCCAAUGAGAGCAAUGUCUCCUUGUAAAUGACGCACGCUAGGGAGAAACAGACUACAAAACCAGUCCUCAAACACAACAGCAUCAAACCACCCACUUUUUGUGCGGUUGUAUCUGGCUCCUGGUGGACCAUUCACGAUCCAUGAAGACCACAUGUGGUCAGCUUUGAACACCACAUAGAGCGGCAACAGUUUUCCUUCUGCAUUGCCGCAUAACAUCAAAGACGUUGAGGAUUUGCUGUGGUUACAUAUGCGAUCUACAUAUUUGGCUCCCCGUUUACAAAUUACACGCUUGUUUCCAGGAUUAUCUGACACAUUGGUUUCGUCAUAGUUAAAUAUAUGGCUGGGAGGGAUCCCCUCAAUCUCCUUACUCAGAUGAUCAAUAUAUGACGUGAUGGUUUCUGCUGACACACUGCUCUAACUUUCUUGAUAUUUUGUGAAAACCUCACAGACAAUUCAGGAUGAUCCCGCAGAAACCUUUUGACCCAGUCAUAGCCUGGUGUGUUAUCUUUAAAUUUUUUCACUGUCACACCUUUACGCUGUAGAUAAUUUCUCACAGUCCAUCGAAAAUCACUUUCAUCGACUGGAAAACCAAACUCUGACAACUUUAUUAGAUGGUCAACAAAUGACUGUUCCUCCAGUUCAUUAAAAACUCUUUGACCACCUGGUGUCUUGGUGUGAACAUUCUUCAGUUUGUUUUUUAGUGUCGUUAUAGGAAUGCCAUACUUUUUUGAUGCUGUCCGUUGGCUCAAUCUCUUCUGUACAACAUCAUCUAUGGCUCUGUCUAGUGUUUUUUUGUCAUAAUUUUUAUAGGGCCGGCCACCCACUACAUGACAAUACUUGCGCGCCAUAGCUACAAAGUCACUGUGAACAGACAAUAAAAACAUCUACAUGUAGUACUGGUACACUUAGUAAGGUAGAUAUGUGCCACCUAACAUAACCUAAAAAAUGUGCUGCCUACCCAUAAAAACGAGUCAUUUACAAUUUGUUUAAAUGAAACAUUCUGACUAGGUAUCUGUUUGAGACAAAGUCACCCCUGACUGCAGGCAAAAAUGCUAUUGUUUGAUAAUUCCAAAACUGUAUUUUAUAAAACAAUGAAAACACCUACUUUCUAUAUAUUUUCUUAAAGUAGAGAUAUUACGGAAUAAAAUUAACAACUUACCAGUUUUCUCAAUAAAUUUUAACCAUCUGCUGCAAUAUAAAGUUUUCCACUGAUAUUAACACCAAAACAUAAACAAUAACAUAACUGCAGUAUUACCUACCAACUGCGUAAACAUUGCAAUCGCCCAUUAUUUUUUUUAUUCAUACUACCAACUCUACUUAGUGGAAUCCAUGAUUGCCAUCUUGUUCUUCAUACUGGUAAAGGACAUAGCAUCAGGUAAAUGUUUUUCCAAGUAGUGGGACAAAGUCAACCCAAGGUAGACAAAGUCACCCCAGUUGACGGUAGUGUUCUAGUGCUUAAUCAUACACACUGUAAAAUGGUGUAUGCGAGGUUUUGUUUUAACUGGGACAGCUAUGUGGGUGGUGGAGGCUGAAUUGUCUUCAUUUAUUAUAGAAAACUUCAAAAUAGGUGAAAUAUCCAAAAAAAAUUGUCAGGGAAAUUCAUAAUUUGUGGUCAUGAGAAUUUCAUGGAAACAUGAGGGAAAUUAUUCUACAGAUUUGUGUGGUGUACACCCUGUUUAUACAGUCAGGGCUUUUUAAUCGGGCAUUCUUUGGCUCAGCUUAUUGUGCAAUCAGGCACACGUCAGACCUCUCCUGCUCAUACUUUAGGGUGGGGGGAGGGUGACCUUGACUGCCAGGUUGAGUCACUGCACUGCCCUUGUUUUUAGUUUGUUUCGCAUUUAUCUGUCUUGCCAUAGAGCAGCUUGUUCAGGGUUUGUACACCUCCUUAAUGUCCUUAAAAAGUCCUUAAAAAUACUAAGAAUACUUAAUAAAGACUGAUAGCGCAUACAAGUAUGCAGGUAUUUUCAUGUUCUUUUGAUUCUGACUUGGCAGCAAACAACGUUUUAUGCAUGCGCAGAACAGUUGGCAAAUUACGGGCCAUGUGAAAUGAUUUUAUGUUUAAUUGUUUUGAUUAUUUUUUCUCUUUUUUUUUUUGUUGUAUUUUGUAUCACACAUUUAAACUAAAAGGUAUGUUGUACUGACUUAACUUGUAACUUCUAAAGUAAAUGUUGUUAUUGAGCAAAUUAAAUAUUAGUGCUACACAUUUCAGAAAAUCACUAGGCUUGUGUUAGAUAUGUGUUCAAAAGAGAGAUAAAUGUGAACAAAAGAAGCUUAUCUGUAAGAAUUGAACUAACCAACAAACUAAUAUUUUGUGCAUUAAUUAUUUAACAUUGUUAUUUUCUUGAGAGAUUUUGUGAUGUUUCAAAUAGUUUUUUUUUUUUACCUCUCUAGUGAAAAAUGCUGUUAAGUAAAUGAGUCCUUAAAAACUCCUUAAUUUUUUAAUGGACGAGAAGGUACGAACCAUGAUAUUACAACUUAUUUUAAAUAUCGUACUUUAUUAAUUUUUUACGCAGUUAAACUACAGAGACGUUACAUAAUUCGGCAAAAUCACCAACACUGAGCUUUUACUGUACUAUGUAUGCUCUGUGCAUGCCAUGAUCCAUUGUGUGUUAUUUCUCCUUGUUGUCUUCCUCCUUGGUGAUUUUUUGUUCUUACCCUUCCUUGGGAUGUCCCUUGCAACAAGUCGUAAUGUGGACUCUCGGGAUAUGUCUGAAAGACCAGGCUUCAACUAGAACUGCAAAGAGUCAGGUUUCUCUCUUGUCCUAUCAACUACUCACUGUAAAAUAUAUCUUUUGAAAAUUUUUUAAUUAGUAAUUGAAAUUUUUUUCAUUGAAAUUUGUGUUUUUUAUUAAGGUUUGAAAUUCAGUAUAUCUGUUCAUAUUUAUUUGGAUUUUUUAUAUUGUAUGUUGUCUUUUGUGUUUGUGUAUUCGUAUAUUUUUUUAUAUUUGGGCAUAUGCUAUCAUUUGCACAUGCAUAAGGAUUAUGCAUUACUGUACAUUAUAAAAUAAGAAUGCUGCUGACCUUUCAUUACUUGACUGUAUAAUGUUAAAAUUAAUAUUGUUACGAUUUAUAAUGUGAGGAGAACUGUAUUGGUAAGGGAUAGCCUAAUUAAGUUUUAUUACAGUUUUUUGUUAAUUACGUACUAAUAUUUACAUUACUAACAAAUAAUUGUUCUAUAAAAUGUCUGUCAGUUCCACAGUUCACACUCUUCACUGGAGUUAGGCUCAGCAGUGGUUCGCCCCUUACCUCGCGCUAUCCGCACACAGUUUGGCGUCACUAAAUCGCACUCUCUCGAUCCCGUCGCUCCGCUGGGGGCUCGCACCCUCUUCGCACGAUGCCGCACUUCCCUUCACUCGCGGAACUCUCCAAACUCGCUCGGAACUCGUCGCGGGACACAUCGCUGAACCCCCGCGGAGGCUGGGGUCACUACUUAAGUACCUGAGGCGCCCUUCUUGAACCGACAAGAGCGGCUGUGGCCAGUCGCGUCAUCCCGGGCCGGGCCGACGCCCGAAUCAUAGAGAAACGUGGUGCUCAUUCACGCCAUUCCGCGCGGCAGCCCGCGGAAUUCCCAAGGCCGCUCAGCGAGAUAGAUAACAGCGCCGAGGAAGGAUGAUGCUUGGGGAGCGUAGGGGGAGGGGGAGGGGGUAGCGACGACCCUUGUAAUCCGGCCAGGCGCGCGUGGCAUGCUUUACGUCAGUGGACGGCACGUAACACAGCGCGUGACGCCAGUGGCAGUGCAGGGCAGCCAGCUCCAAACCUGGCAUCGUGGUCUGGUCUCUCGCGUUCGUAACAAUAUUAAUCAACUCACUUUGUAGCAUACUUGUUAACUUUUCAGUCCGAAUCUCUCAUUCAAAUGAGCCGGGGAAGAAAAUUAGUUGCAUACUUUUUUUUUUAAAUUCUUUGCACGGCAAAAAUAUUGCUGUGUCAAAAAUUUCAGUGUUUCGUAGUCUUAAGUCAGUUCUUACUGUAUGAUCUUGUCUCCUGCAAUGCUGUGCUGUGUGGAAGAUUGUUAAAUGUGGAGUAACUUAUACCUGUAAAGGUUGUGAUAGUGUACCCAAAAAAAAAUUAUUUGUUUUAUGGAGUUCAUUUUUCAAUUUGUAGAUAUUGUAAAUAAAUAUUUUAACAAAUAACACUUUUCAUAGGCUCACAUGAAUCAUGUCCCGUGUUCAUAAGAUCUUUUUGGAAAUAAAUUAUUGAAGAAGUUAGCUUCAGAACUAUUUUUGUUUUUAUUCCCAGGCUUAUUUUUUAAAUAAAAAAUAUGGUAACUAAAAUCAGAAUCUUAAAAAUAUUUUUGUAACUGUGGCUAUGAAUUAAUUGCUUGAGGUAAAUUUCAGUAAUUGUUGUAGGUUUUUGUUUGUUUCGGUUUUUCUUGAAGGAUAAACUGCACUGCAGUUACAUUAUAUGAAUACAGUAUUUCAGAGGGAUGCAACCUCUACCUUCUUAUUGCCCUAGCAGCUUUCUUAUUUUAUGAAAGUCAAACUACUGUUUUUUUUCCGCAGCUAGGAAUCGUAGUGGAUGUGGCAGUGAGCCAGGGUGUUUUAUCAGGGUACUCACAUUUCAUUCACCCAUGCAUUUCAUCAAUGCUCCUUCCUAGAUCAUCACCUCUUAUCUAAGGCUCAUUAUGUUAAUGAUAUGCUAAGCCAUAAUCUACAGUAUGUCCGUAGUCAUGGCGCACUUUCGGUCGAUCACAGGAAAGCAACGAAACGAGAUGGAUAGAAAUGUGAAGUCUUCGCCAAAUAAAGGAGAGUUUACCUUUUAUUUGGUGAAGCUUUCUCAUUUCUAUCUGUCUUGUUUCGUUGCUUUCCUGUGACCGGUCGAAAGUGCAUUGUAACUUUACGGACGUACUGUAUUAGUUGUUAUUUUAUGCCGGCGCAGGGAGGGAGGUAGAGGGAAGGGCUGUGGGGUCCAGACCUCUUCCUCCUAGGAUUAAAAAAAAAAAGCCAAAAUAGCUUAAUACAAUUAUAGCAAUCUAGUUGCAUAAGGUUACAGAGAUAUUGUUUUGAAAGGAAAUUUUUUGGUUAUCUUUAGUGGGCUACAAUCAAGUAUAUCCUCCCCAUUAUAGGCCGUCAUGCCUUCACAAGAACAAAUUAAUAAAACAAAUUAAAACCAAAAUUUAAAAUGAUCAGUUUUCUUCUCUCAAGCCAAAUCAUUGCUUAAAUUUCUGUGUGUAAACGUUGGAUUUCUAAAAGUCCACUAUUUCCCGGGAGCUUAGUGUGACAGUCAAUUUUCUUUUCAAUUUCAAUCAUAAAGAAAAUUUACUCAUAAAAAAUUAUAUAAUUGAUAAACCAGAACUCCUUCACUAUAUCCUGGCUAUGGCCCUGGCUGGCCACAUUUCAGUUUGUUAUGUGCGUCAUUGAUAUGGCAUCCAAAGUUUAUAAGGUUUGUUUGACCUAUUUUAUAGAUUGUAGUACAUUUUUGUACUGCUCUCAUUUUUUCCUAGGUAUAUUUGUUAUUUGAUGCUGUCAUUACCCUUACUUUGACAUAAUUUUAAUAGUUAAUGUGCAUUGAAACUAUUGUUAAUAUUAUUCUAAAUAGUAAAACAGUGUUUUAAAGAACACACGUGACUGAAAUAUUUAAAAAAAUGUGUUUUUUCAUUUUAUAUUCUUUUGUAAUAGAGGUAGCUUGUAUCUGUUUGGUAGAUGGUACUAAGUGUUCGUAUAUCUUCAUGCUUAACAGUCCUAUAAAAAAAAAUUUGAUACCUAAUUAGCACGCAGUUCCUGCAGAAUUCAUUGCAUUUAAAACAAUUGUAUUGACUUCUUCAACAAUUUUAUUUGGUUGCUUCUGGUUUUGAUUAAUAGUAAUUUGUAAAAAAAAAAUUAUCUUUAAAAUGUUUGCGUGCGUAGUUAAAGGGUUCUGCUUUCUGAAGAUGUGUGAAGUUCCUUGUUUCCUUUAAAAAUAAUUUCAUUGCUGCUUCAGUUCAGCUUAUUCUGUAAUCCGGUACCAUUUCAGCCUCCCAGGUUUGAUAUUUUCCAGGAGAUUAGGGAAAACAGAAAAUUUUGCAUAUUUUGUCAAUAAUAGAUCUAUUAUGUAUUAUUUUGAAUUCUGCAUAUAAAUACAAUGUGACCCCUGUGAUGUAAUAAAAGGUGUAAGGAGAUUUUAUUAAAAGGUUUUACAAAAGUACUGAAAUUGGUUCAUAAAACAAUUUGUAUUCACCCUGAUAUAUCAUAUAUUUUUCAUGUUAUUCCUGUUCAAGUUAUAUUGAUAUUAUAUACUUCCGAAAGAUCAGUAAUCCAGCACAGCUGUGGUCUGGAACGUACCAGAUGAGCUUUCACUGUACCUAUGUGGUAGUUAAUGAUAGUACUUACAGAUAAUUUCUAUAUACUUUUCAGUUUCAUUCCGCCUUAAUUCCACGACUUAAAAUAAGGCAAUAAAUAAAUUAAUUGUAGAUGGUUGUAAGAUGUACAAAACAUUUUGUUCCAGUCAACUUUCGCAUUGUUUUCAGAAUGAGGUGUAAGAAAGUAGGAAUGCAUGUGUGUUAAUAUGUUUGCAUUUUUUGUGAGUGGAUACAUUCUAUAUGAAUAUUUUAGUUUUCAUAUUGACCAUUGGGGAUUUUGCUGUACAUAAAUAUUUAAUUCAUUAUCUCAUCAACUAUAUUGAGAUGAGAAUCACAGUGGUAAGCAAGGAAUUAAAUUUCAGUUUGACUUUUUUUUUCUCAAAUGUACAGAACUUCAGAUAAAAAACAUUGUGCAUUGGAUAGUAAACAGUUGUUCAUUCUCAUGCUAACACUUACUGUGCUAGUUUCUUAAUGUACAUAGUGUAUUUUAUAUGUUCAGUGUGUUCACAUGUUAAACAGUGGUUAAUAAUGCUCAAAUGUAGUAUAUUUUAUACAUGUACUUGAAAUAUAUUGAUUUUUAGCACUGAAAGAGUUGUCCAUUGCUUGGCCUACGAUAAUUGUUGGACAUGAAGAAAUUUAGUAUUUUUGAGUGUGGUGGUGUGAUGUGGGUUUUUCCCUGCAGUAGUUUUGUGAAGUUUUUAAAGUUGUAGUGCAACAGGUAUUUCUUAAAAUUAGACGAGCUUUUGUGUGUUUACUUUUUUAUAACUAUGCUAAAUGUCCAUGGCAAAACAUAUGGCUCAUGAGAUGUGUGUUAGUUUUCAUAACAUUUGAAAUACUGUUUUUCAAAUAAAACAUAAAAUAUUAAAUUAAUAGUGUGAACUAAAAAAAAAGUAAAUUAAACCAUAAAAAUUAUAAUAUUAAUUUAUUAAAAUGUGACUGCAAAGUGUUUUAUUUAAAUUCGUAAGGAUUUUCAACUAGGACUUAAUUUCUUAGAGAGUUGCUGCCAACAAAAUAAUUAUAAAAUACUAUUAACAGUCCAAACUAUUUUUUUUAUUAUGUUUAUCUUAGCAUUCUGAGUGAUGCUACGUAAAAGUAGUUGCACUAACUGAUUUUUGCUAUGCACUAAAUUAUUUAAAAAAUUUACAGUUGCAUUUGAAUAAAUUAAAAUGUAGCUUCACUCGACCAAAGUUAAAAAAUAUUAAAGCAUUAUUACAGAUAUUUUUACAGUUAUUCUAAUCAUUAAUGACAAUAGAACCCUCCUAUAAAAUUUCCUCGUGCUUACAACACCAUUAGUCCAUUAUCAUUAUUAAGUAGUACAUAAUUUUCCAAUUAAAGAUUGUCAUGAGUUGUGACCAUAAGUCGCACUGUUGUUGUGUGGUACCAAUCAUCAAAAUAUUUAAUUAAUUAAUAACUAGUAGUAUUUACUCCUUAUUGUCUUCGUUGACAUGAAGAUACAUGAGAAUUGUCGAAAGAUAUGUUGUUCCUGACGUGUGUGUUUUAUGUUGCAUCUGGAGAUUCUGUUUUCUCUUAAGACUUGAGAUUAAUUUUGAUCAUAUUAAUGUUUUAAUCACAUAAUUUACAUUAGUAGAAAAGAUGAAUACUAUUGUAAAUAUUUGUGAUUUUAUUUUUAACAACACCAUAUUUUACAUGUUCUUGUGGUGAUGAUGUAAAAUUAAAAUUAUGUGUAAUCACUUGUGUAAUGCAUGCUGUAAAAUCAGUUUGUGUCUUGUAAAGAGAAUAAUGGUGAUUGGGAAUAUCCUGUUGCUAACACACUUUUUGGCUUGUCAAUAUCUUAUAGCUCUAACUGAUUAUUGGCUGGAAAAGGUAAAAUGCACACUAACACAUCAUUAGUCACACGCCCAGAUUUUGUAAGUAAGGAUUUACUGUAUUUAUCUAAACAUAAUGCUACAAUUUUUACCAAAACUGGAAAAUAAAAAGUGGGGGUCGCAUUAUAAUCGCCAACUUGUAUCUUGCUACUGGGAACACCUUAAUUGAAGAACUACAGGCUCUGUCUCAUAAAUGUGUUACUUAUGCCACUUUAGAUAAUUAAUUACCUCCUCCUGAACCUCCACUUAGUAAACUGAUCACUCAUGCCAUUUUAGUUUGGAGCUUUCUGGACCUCUGCACAGAUGUGACAUAUGAGAGAUGGAGUUUGUCGAGGGUUCGAUCCGCUUCUUUUCACUGGCAGCUGGGGAAGCCUCCCAAGUGACAAUCCUGUAUCACCACAUGCUUUGCUUUCUGAACAGCCACCACUGCUUUUGAACUACAGUCAUAAAACUAACUACUGCUUAGUGUUUCAUGCUGUACUAUCGAAAGUGGCAUCAGAAAGGUCUAGUAAAUAUAGGAUAAUUUUAAUAAUUUACAAUAAUUUUCAAAUGCUAUGUACUUGAAUUGCAAUUUCCAAUCCAAAUGUUUUGGGUCACAUUAUAUUCAGAGUCACGUUAUUUUCUGGUAAAUAUGGUGUGUGUGUGGGGGGGGGGGGGGGGGGUGUGUGUGUGUAGAGGUGUGUGUGUGAAUGUAAUUUUUUUUCUCACAGGUCCAGGUGAUCAUAACAGGUUUGGUUGGGUUACAGUAAUUUUCUAAAAUAAUAUUUAUCCUUUCCAGAAGAACAGUUCCCAACUUUGAACACUGAUUUUUGUGUAUGUAAAUGAGGAGGUGUUAUCUUAGGCUUCCCUUAUUUAUUUACUUAAUCACAAUAUAUUAAGUUUUUUGUGCGCGAGGUGAACUAUCCCUGUGGACAUGCGGGAUAGCAGACUAUAAAAAUUUUGCUAAACACUUGGGCGUCGGAAAUAAAUAUGUAAUGAAAAAAGUGAAUUGCUACUAAGGAAAAGCAAAAUAUUGUUUGUUGAUUCGUUAAAUUAUUAAUUUGUUGCAUUAUAUGUAAUGCUUUAUUGCCAUUGUGCACGCGUGGAUAUAAAAAUUCAUGUGAAAGGAAAUUGUUACAAAACUACACUAAUAGAACAGCUUACUUCGAGAGGCGAGUGUAUAUGUUUCAUGAAGGAUAGGUAUUCUUAUACUUUCAUACAUUCCACCUCAUCAUUGUUAGUUUGGCUGCAUUGAUCAUUCAGUUGCAAAAUUUGCAAUAAUUUCUGUUUUUUUUAGCAAUGUUUUUAUUUGUGUAAAUAAAAUAGGCACGUUUAUACAUGAUACAUGAAAUUAGGAGCAUGGUCGUCAAGACAAAUUAAGGGUCCCCUCCCCAUUACCUAAUGUACACUUUUUAAAACACCACAAUUUAAAAAAUCUUAAGACUGUAAAUGUUAACAUGGAUACAACUGUAAACAUAAUCAGAUUGUACCGCAUAAGUUGUAUGUUUUCCAGUUAAUUCUAUUUGCAAUAAAACUUGUAAAUUUAAUACUAUUCAGGAUAAACUUACGCAUUAAAUAAUGUCGGAAACCAACGCUCCCUCCCUUCCCCUUCUAAUUCUGGUGCCCGAACCUUGACUAUUUUUCUCCCUUGUCACAUAUUCUUGACGGCUCUGGCUAGGAGUAUACAGAGGACAUGCUGUGAAAUCUCUGAAGCUGCGAAGUAAAUUGGUUUUGCCAAGGCUCUUUUCUAUGAGAUAACUGCCAAAACUAUUUAGGUAUAUGUUUGUAAACAACUUAAUGAGGUAUGGGUGAACAACAAACUGGACGUAAAAAGGGAAAUUGCAUAAUAUUGACAGGUGAAGUGUUAUAAAUUUAUUGUGUAUUUAAACUUUUAUGGCGAUACAAACCAUCGACGUACAACUAUUGUUCAUUUCCGAUGGGACAUGUAGCUAUAAGCGCGUAGGCACAUCCGCAUGGUAUAUUUAUAUUUUAUAAAUAGUUCAGCUACGUGCAUGCUGCUUUGGUUCAUCUAUUAUAGUAGAUCUGGCUAGUUGCAUAGAUCACUCGACUAUAUAAUUUUUAUUUUAUUAGCUUAUAAAGUCAUGUUAUUUUAGGAUAUUAUUAUAUGGCGAUCCCAAUCAUAACUUCGUAACUCCAUGGUUUCACAUAUCUUGCGUCGUGGGCAUAGAGACUCGUGCAUAAAUAUAACAAAGCAACUGUGUUUAAGCUAUUUCUUGAAGGAUAAAGGUAAUCUCAUAUUGAGAUUUAACAAUACAAACCUUAUUUGAAAAUGAUACAGGAAUGAACAAUAAGUUGAUGAGGCUUGUCAGAAGCAAGAAAUUAUUAUGUGGCACAUAAUAUUGUUUACUGGACACAGACAACUAAUACACAACUUAGUGUGUAAAUAUGUGUCAGCUGGUUAUCAUGAUCUCAACUGUUUACAGUUAUUGAUAAUUAAAGCAAUAGUAAAAGUAUGAAUGUUGGAAGAACAUAUGAAAUGUCAUCUUGGUCUCACAAUAUUUUUUUUUUUUUCACAGAACUGUAUUACUAACUGGCAUUAUUAAAUAGCUGUUGGAAGCUUUUGUAUUACCCAUAUUUCCUCAUUUAAUACUAUAAUUAUGUGAAAAGAAAUUUUACAAAUAAUUAUAGCCUCAAAAAAACAUCUAAAGCUGAUGCCAUAAACAAAAGUCUAAAUUUGUGAAUAGUAUGUGGAAAACAGAAGCAAAAUAAAAUCAAAAUGUUGUAUUUCUACCACAAAACAAGUGUAAGUGUAACAAUGUAUGUGUGCUAAUGUUUUCAAGUGUUACAUUUUUGCAGACAAUUUGUUUGUUUCCUGAUGUUACUGUUAAAAUAAGUUCAUGACCACUGAUGUACUUUAUCAGUGUGUGAAAUGGUAAUGUUAAAAAUAUAAAUUGUUUUCUCUAUUAAAACACUUGCAAUCUUCUUUGAAUAUUUUUUUUUUAUGUUGCUUUUAAAUGUUGUUUGUGAUUCCCCUCAUGGGAAAAUGGAAUAUGUAGACUGAAGAUUGUGUGUGUGUGAUUUAAACAAAAAAUAAUUAGAACAUUUGUAACUAC